CCUCAACUCGCUGUCCUGAUCUGACUGCUGCAUAUGCGCCCAGCAUAUGUCUGGACGCUUCCGUGACAUUGGGGUGAAUUAAAAACGAAAUUCGAGCGAGUCUACGUCCUUCGGUGAUCAGUUUGGUCCGUCAUCAAACCUCAGGAAAUUCACCAUCAGCACGCAGUUGAACAAGCCAGAGAACCUUUAAGAAGAUGGAGAAUCCUUGCAGCAUAUUUGUAGGAUCGCUUGCGCCCGAAACGUCGACGGAGAAGCUGAAGGACUAUUUCAGCCACUUCGGCCCGAUCGAGUCGGCGGUGGUCUUGCAGGACCAGGUGACACGCCAAAGCCGGGGCUUUGGGUUUGUCAAUUUUAAGAAUCCAGAGUCCAGAACGAAUGUUUUGCAGUCAAGGGACCCCCACGUUAUUGACAGCAAGAAGAUCGAAUGUAAAGCUGCCUUCCGGAAGGGAGAGCAGCAACAGAGGGAUCAGGCGCAGCGACCAGGCAUGUCAGGGGGCGGGGCUGGGGGCGGGGGUAGGUUUGAGCAACCCGCGUUUGACAACCAGAGGAAAGUGUUUGUCGGGGGCAUUUCCAAUGGGACCACAGACGAUGACAUCAAAUUGGUGCUGAGUCGAUUCGGAACUGUGGAAAAUGUUGAGCAGAAAUAUGACAAAGUUUCGCAGCGGAUGAGGGGUUUUGGAUUUGUUGAAUUCAGCAGUGCCAAAGAAGCCAUGGAUGCAGUUCGUACUCAAUUUGUACAAAUCAACGGCAAAACGGUUGAAAUAAAGGUCGCUGAAAAUAGGCAAGUCGUGCCCUAUGGGCCAUCCACAGGCACCGGCGGCUUCAACACAGGUUCAUUUGGUAACAACAUGGGCAUGUACGGGCCGCCAAUAGGGUAUGGGAGCUUUACGCCGUACCCGGCUAACACCAGCAGCGGUUUUGGGGGCGGGGCUCCCACCGGCUACAACAUGGCCAACAGCCCUGGCUAUGGAGCCAACCCGGGCUACGGGAGCAACAGCCAGUACCAGGGUUACACGGGCAAGGAUGGCAGCAACCCAUAUGGAGCGGGCAAUAUGUACAACGCUGGGUCCGGCUUUGGAGGGGGCUCCGGGUCCAACCAAGGUGGAGCCACGGCAGCCGGCUACGGCAGUGGUUAUGGGAGGGGAGGCUACCACCCUUACGGCCAGUAACUUUUGGGCAGUCAGAGAGAGACGGAAGGGAAGUCUAAAAUCUGGUAGUCUGUGGAGGUGCAUGCACUUGAGAGAGUUCCUGUCCUGGGCAGUGUGUGAAACGUGAUUCGUGGUCUUGGUUACGGGCGAAAUUCAAAGUGCAUUGUGAUCUGUGCAUGUAUUGCAAAGGAGAGCACUGUCAUUGUGAAAGUACAUGUACAUGUGUAUAAACUCGACUUGAGCUGUAUCUGAGUUUUGUAGGCCAGCAGUGUAUGGGCAUUUUACAUGCAGGAAUGAGGUGUGAGAAGUUGACGGAGGAAUAAACUUGACAUGUGGAACAUUCUUUUUUCAGAACAAGUUAAGGCUCGUUUCUGAGUCAUUUAUGCGUGGACAUUUGUAUAUAGCAUUUGGAAUGGCAGGUUUUGAUGAUGUCUCUUGAUGCAUCUCCUUCAAUGGAGACUGAAGUGAAAGUGUACAUUAUUUUGCUUGAGGUACCUGCUCAUGCAGGGGAACACUUAAUCAAAUUAAUAGAAAUGUUAACGGCUUAAAAGUGUUCUGCUGAUGCUUUGACUAACAGAGAAAACUAUUGCCAGGGCGUUUUAUUUUAUUUCCUUUUGGUUUGUUGGAUGGUUAUAUCUGUCGUCUGCCUUCAAUAGUCCCCAGCCCUCAUUUAAAUUGCUGAGGAGAGGGCGGUUUCCUUAAAUUGAUCAUGGCUACAGCCUGCCAGGAUGGCCAUGUUGCAUGUUGUAUGAGCCAACUGCUUCAUCGUUGACUGCUGUGGUGUGAGAUGCGGCAUUUUGACAACCCGAGGGAUGCAUAGCGCCCGAGGCAAAGCUGAAAGUGCUAUCUUACAUCAUAGCAGUCGACAAUUGUUUUGUCAUAUCUCUGUCUGGAUGAUGAAAUCUUCAAACAUUGGCAGUUAGCAGUCCCAACAUCAUCCUAAUUCUGUAUACUGUCAGGGCGCAUGCACGUGUUUGUGUGUGUCAUAUCAUAGAAUACUGGCUGAUGUGAUGUCCAUCGGUGAGUGACAUGACAUGAGGCUAUAGUGUAUUCAGGACAGAGAUGUGACAAUUCAGAACAAUUGCUGGGUUAUUGUACAUACACCUACGCUCAGCUGUGUCUGACAGUCAAACCGGGGUUGGCAUAUGAAACCCGGUUGUACUGUCAUUGCAUGUCACAGUUUUGUUGGAAGAAAUGUAGCUGUUUUGACUAAUGAUAUUAGACUAGCCAAAGAGUGAUGUUAAACACAAGAUUUGAACCCGCUAUGGUUGUGUCAAACGGGCGUUCUUGUAGUUUGCAUGCACUGUACACUUCAUGACAUUCUGCAUUUUUUUCCCCGUGGAUUGAGUUCUUCUCUUUGACGUCAGACAGAUGCAGAUCUCUGUAUUGGAACGUUGCUCUCAUCCAUGCCAGGCCACUCAUUCCUUCAUUCACUAAUUUCACCAAGAUAUUGAAGCAAUCAGUCUUGUCCACUGAGACUUUGCCUCCUAUUUAAAAAAAAAAAAACUAGGAAGCAUCAACUCUGAUUUUUGAGAAUUCUCCCUGGCUGGUGUAGAAAAUCCUGAUUAGGUCAUAAAUAGCACAUACUGUUCUGAAGUUUAGAUUGUGCUGCACUCCACUGACUUUUACCCUGUGAUUGGAAAAAACCUGUCCUGCUGUUGUCUGGGUUAAAGUAGUCACAGCCAAACCACCUACAGUUCUACAGUCUAAUAAGGUUUGCUCUUCUGAUGUCACAGUCAUGUUUUUCCUCCAAGUCACUGCUAAAACUGUGGUUGGCCAUCGGUACAUAAGUAAAAGAGUAAUUGACAGUGUUAAAAAUCCCAAGCAGCUGUUGGAACACCAGAAAAUAAUAGAUGUACUACCAAACACUAAAUGAAAAUACAACCCUAUUUCAAAUCAAUGGGAGAAUUACCAUUUUGAACAAAUUGGAGGUAAAAUCGAAAAGCAACCAAAUGGUGAUAUUUCUGCAAACUGUGGUUGCCAUACGAGUUGUGGCCAAAUGAGAGUGGUCUAUAUCAGUUCUAAAUGGCCCACUUGCCUGUUUAGUGUGUGGCUGUGGAGAGAUCUUUGCUUGGCACCUGCAGUCUUUGAAAAAAAAUCUGAUCUCUCAUUCUACAAAAUGUAGUCUUGUACAGUAAUAGCUGCGUAGUAGCUGCAAGGACUUGUACAUAUGACUGAAAAAAACAUUGUUGAUGAAAUUUAAAUUACACCACGAAUGUCUAUGUCAAGAGGCCAUGACAUUGAAUUUUGUACAUUACCAGUUUGUAACAAGUGUAAAAAAAUGUCAUUCCUGGAAUCCUGGUGACAUGAAAUUGUUGAUUUGUCAACUUGUGAGACAUCGAGGCCCUUUGGGAAUGGGGGAAAUAGUGCGCUUGGUGCCUUUAUUCUCUACCCAUUAAUGGGUCUGUCCUGAAGGAGCUCCUGAAACAGUGGGACAGUGGUUGUUGCAGCUAGAUAAGACAGGCAUUGUAUACGCUGGUGCGUUUUAUUGUUUGUUGCGCACAGUUGUCAACUUGUGUGGUGCUUAGGGUUUCUAUUGAUGACAUGUAGCUGUUUCGUCUGCAGAUAUACCGUGGCAAAUGGGGAUUUCUGAACAUAGUAAACUGCCAUUUAAUUUAAUUUUUUUCGACUCCAUAGUUGUGUAAGUUUUAUUUUUUAAUGACAUGACAGAGCCAUGUGUGCAUUGAAGACAAGUUGUACCGAUGAUGUGAUCUUUUGUUUCCAGUGCUUAUCCACCCCGAGCUGAAGUACACCCCCAAUCGGCAAAAAGAAAGACAGGUGGUUACAAGCGAGUUCUUACCCUCAUUCUGCCUGUACACAAAGACCAUACAUGCCGGAGUAACUUAGUUACAUGUAUUCAGGGUGCUCCGCGUCAAAUGCGCAUAUACUUGUGCACCUCACGGCGAGCCUAUGCGAUGAUUACCAAAAAAAAACCAUCCUCUUUUGUUCCGCACGGAGCGGAGAGUCUGCUUCACUCAAACGUCUUACCUCAAAAGGACCUGGAUUGCAAUGAACAUAGUUGAGAAAGGAAUACUUUUCACAGUAGUACUAAUUUCUACAGACGUGGAUAUUGAUUUUUAAGAAAUGUUCUGCAUUAGUAGGGACUCUUAAUUAUGACCCGGCUAGGGCAGAAUUUCUUUAGUAUAGGCCAGGGCACCAGACCUGUGUGGAAAUCACUUUUGAGUUUUUACUACUGUGAGAGGCUUAGCAGAAAUCAAAGUGUUCAUGUGAGGUUUAACAUUUUGAAUAUUGUGAAAGGGCUGUCAUGUGGGUAUUGCUCUGCAAUAGAGUGUAGGCCAAAUCAGAGAAAGGCUUACCAGAAAAAAACAACAGGGCAAAAAUGGUGAGAUUUUCAGCUGUGAGCUUUGCAGGUGCAUGCAUGCACGACACUUGGCAGUAGAAUCCUCUCGAAUCCCUGAGCAUUUUCAAAUGGCUUCACGCAGCCAAUCAAUCUACUUUGAAUAAAAAGGAGCUCGGGACUACACAUGCACGGACAUACACCCACAUUUAUAUGCAUGUGCUAAGAUGAACUUGGUGUUAAUUUUACACAUGAAAGAUCUUUGGGGCAGAAAUAAAGAAUGUACAUUGUUGCAGCUUGUGCCCUGUGGUCCUCAUGUGGAAUAAUUUGUUCUACUGCCUAGUCAACAAACACAAAGAUGCGUGGCGUACGGAAGUUUAUCAAGUACCAGCAUAUUCACUGUGCCAGCAACACUCAGUCGGUGAUGUUACGCCGAAAAAAAGGACCGAAUUCUAGGCUGGCGGUAAUGUCAGUUUUAAGUCUUCUGCACAGUUCCCGAAGACGAUAGUCAUAGCAGAAACAAGUGGAAUCUAAUGGGAUCUUUUUGACUAAUGAUUCAAUUGUAAAGCAGUGGAUGGCCCCAUUUGUAUUUGGAACCAGAGUAUGGAAAUGUUAGAAAUCUUGCCUGUGUUGCUCACUGUAUUUUUUGCAUAUUUAGCAGGUAGUCUUCACCUAGAUGCAUAGUGCUACUUCAUGGUUGAUUACAGCAAAAAUCAAUGUUAUUUGUGCAAUUUCUUGACUGCUUAGUGCUUACAAGCCAGUAGAUGUGUACUUUGUAGGGUGUGUAUUCUUUUUUUUUCUCCCAAAUUUGUUGUAGGAUUUAACAAUUUGUUCAACCUGAUAUCUCACUUGCCCCUUUAUUUGAAGUGUCCCAAAAGGUGCAGCAGUGAAUGCGUCUUGUGACCUACACAGUAUUUGUAACUGAGUUGUACAUACAUGUAUUCAACCAUUUUUUGAUGCUCUGUUACAUUGCAUUUUUUGUCUGCGUUGCAAGUUAGUUAUUUAUGUAAAUAAAAAGAUACUACUCCACAUGACUCCAUUUGUUGUACAUACAUGUAGGUAGAUCUUAAGACAGAAAGGGUUUGAUGGGAAACACGUUUUUGUACUUGAUUUUUCUGUAGCCAUUAUGUGGCACAUAUUUGAUAUGACUACAUUUAACUACUAUAUACGGAUUGUGUUAGGUAACAUUUGGUAAAAAGCUUCUAUCAUUCUUGCUCAUUGUAGCUUUGAGACCAUUUUCCUCAAGUGCAUCUGCUAAAAAAUUCUGAAGGCUAAUCUGGCUAGUAUAAUUACAGCGGUGUAUUUUUGCCGUGGCAUAGGAUCACAUGCAGGUGGUAGGCACAACGUUGAAUACCACCCUGACAGGUAGUGUCACUUUUGAGUUUAAGAAUGCGCUCAUGAGUUUGGUGCCAGCAAUGCUGCCGCAAAAAAUUUCUCCUCGGAUUAGUUCACAAGUUUGAAACUAAUGCUAAAAUGUUCCUUUUUAUGAAUUAUACUUUCUCUUUACUCAGCCACCAUUUUCCCAUCAACCCUUUCAACCCUGUUAGAGGUCGGAGGUCAAAGGUUGUAACAGGAAUGCUUCUGGGUGGAAGCCAGUAGCGAUUGCCAAUUGGCAAGUAAACUUUUUGAAGUCAAAGUUGCCUCGGUUUUAGCUGGGCAGGCAUGAUGGUAAUUUAAUCAUGAAAAUUGUCAAGGGAAAAAGUGUAUCUAUAUGCAGUGUGUAUAAAUCAACGAGCUAUUAUAUUUUAGUCCUAGUUUAGAUGAUGUUGAAACAAGUCUGUAACAUUUCUUUCUGCAGUAGUGUAAUAUGGGCUUGUAGAAGACAAACAUGGCAGCUUUAAACAUUGAAUAGAGCAUUUUAAAAAAGUAUGAGUUUACUUGCCUUAAAAUUUUAUAAAAUGAAGACAAACUCCAGACAUAAAUAAUAAUCACCAAACAAGUUCAUGUAUACUUGUUUAUUGAUCUGUACAUAGACAUAUAAGUUGUUAGUUGGAAAUGUGUUUGGCAUAGCAGUUGCAAUGUAUAUGAAUUUAAAAAUGCAUUAUUUUUUCACUAAUGGAUACUAGCCAAUAGUUUGUUGCAUACUUGAAUUUUUUUAUUUUUGCAAUUAUGUCGUAUGGUGUAUAAUGGUUUAUUGGUGUCAGUUUUUUACUUUAUCAAAUAUUGUAUGAAAAAAUGAAAUUGUUUCCCAAUGAGAAGUUAACUAAAAAAAAAAUAAAGUACAGAGGGUGUGGUUGCAUAUGAUCAUUUACUUUAAAUUUUUUAUUUUAUUUUAUUUUUUUUGUCAUUUUGUAACUUUUUAGCUUAACGUGUAAACAAAACAUGAUUUCAUCAUGGUUUAGGUCCAUGCAUCUGUUGCAAAAUGCAGCAAAACCUACCUUUUGUCAGAAAUAUUUCAUCAAGUAAAGUUUCAAAGUACAACUGCCCAGCAUCACAUCUUCCCAUUAUUUUUUUCCACCAGAUGGGAUGAUUUGAACAAUCACUCCAUGCUGGAUGUUUUACUCUCUCCAAACCAAAAUAUCAGUCCAGACAUCCCUCAAAGAUGAGCAAAAGUGGCCACAAAAAAACAGGAACAAGAGCGCUAAAGAGUUUAUUACAUUAGGGCUGAAACGAUGCAAAAGGUGUAGAUGCUACACAUAAGAAUGAUGUGGUUUAGCAUUUUGUAAAGAUGGGUCACACAAUCAAGAUAUUCAACAUCUAAAUGGCACAUUCUUUCAAAUUCCUGCAUGGGUUAAGUUGCAAUAGUCACGUCAAUAGUUGCAAAAGGAUGUCGUUGAACUGCCCCACAUUGUAGAUAUGAAGUAUGGGAGAUGCUUACACAACUUGGUGGUGCUCCAUUUACACCCUUUUAAUGACCUUGUUCUUAAUGUAAAGAUCUCAUCUUUUCUUUGGUUUGGAAGUGGGAUGUGGAAGUAAUUUUACUAUGAAGCGUGCCAUCUAUGGGAAAACAAGAAAGGGGAAAAAAGGAACAGAAUGGCUUGAGCUACCAUUUUUUAACAAAUUCAAGGCAAGGAAAAUUUGCAAAUGGCUAUUUUGAUGAGGCAAUGCAUGGAGUUGUCAAAUUAAACAAGCCGAGUACUGUACCCGAAGAACACUUUAUUAUCUUUAACAAAAACUUUUUAUUUACAAAACAGUUUUGGAACAAAUUACAAUUUUCACAGAAAAAGAAUAUACCGGUAGCAUAAUUAAAUCUUGAUCUCCAUCUGGAACAAAUACAGGUGGAUCCCGAUUUUUGGUUUGACUGAGUAGACUUCAAAUAAUUUGGAAUAAAGCCUUGCCCUUUCUUGGGGAUUUCUGCAAAAACAAAUCCUGAAUCCUAGAGAACCAACACUGCAGUAAACCAAUGAAACCUCGGUUGUACUAGAAUGAAACUGUUAAAUGAUAGUAGCUGAUCUUUGCACUAUUGAAAACUGUUCAAAUUCUUCAAAAAGCAAAACAAGAAACUGAAGAACAUACCUGAGUUAGAGAACUUGGAGUUACAUGUAAUGUAAGUGUGAGUUAGUGGGGAAGACGUCAUAGAAUUUGCUCCAAGGUAGCAUCUCCCACUUUUGUUUUCCAUCACUAAUGCAUUACUGAUCCUCAUUUUUUUUGGCCAAGACAAUAAAGCUAAAACUGGAGUUCACAAUUGGCACAAAAAUGGAUGUGUAUCCAGAUUACUCACUUAUUCGUUCAAAUAGAAGAAUACACAUAAAUCUCGCAUAUGUCUGGGAACUGAGGCACAACUUGUCUGACAAGAUUAGUUCCUGAACACUAAUGUCAUUUAGCUUUGUCAGAAUCAAGUGCUUAUGAGAAAUAUGUGUGAUCAGACCACAGGCAUUCCUUACCAUUCCACUGACAUGACAACAUUCCAAAGAUAAAUCACUAGACAGAGGGGUAAUAAGUAACAAAAAAGAAUCUACAAUAAAGACAAUAGAAAGUCUACCUAUUUACAAAGCAUCUGUCUGUGACACACCUCUGGAUACGUACAAAAACAUAAAUACUGGCCUCUGAAACAGCAUUUGGAAGUUGCUGCAUUUGUUCAAGCUUACGUCGCGAUAAAGCUAUGGACUUUAAAGAAAGAGUUCUCUUCUUUUUUCCCAACGUGUGUAAGUUUUUACAUGGGUCUCUCUCUCUCUCUCUCUC